AUGUUUCGUUUGUUGAAGAAGAAGUUUUCAAGAAACGAUGACGCACAAAAUGUUGAAGAAGUGGAUAUUUGUGUGGCUUGCCGAAGCUUGAAAAUCAACACAAUUUUGAAGCAUGAUGAUUACCGGCGUGUUGAAAUGAUGAUUGUUGAUGCAACGCUUGAUGAAAUCCCAUUCGAGUACCGUCAUUGCCAUCAGAAAGCCUAUGUCACAGAUUGGGCUAUCAGCAUCGCUGUCAAACAUUUACCAAGGGUAACGAAUCAAGUGCUCAUGUCUACGAAAUGGAAUGCUUUCGUAAUAUUCAUUUCUGUUCUACUGACACACUCAGUUCAUUCACAAUCACCAAUUUCCCCCAGCAAACAGCCAAAAACUCCGUUCUGGUUAACGGCUGAUGUUCGUUCAGUGGAAUGGCACCAGCUAUGUCUCACCGCGGCCGGUUGCUCAGACCCACGAAUCAAGCUGGUCGAGUGGAAUCUGGCCACAAACGAGAAACUCUCAUCGAGUUGGACCAUCUCUGAGACCAAUCAUCAACAACGAUCGUUCGUAAGUCAUUGGAGUUACGGGCAACCGAGUGAGGUGACGUUUGGUUGUGAGAUUUCCGGCGUUGACCCGAUGUAUGGAUUUCCGCGAACAUGCGAUUCCACUCCAACACUCCGUAUAUUCCAUCAUGAAAUAAUCAAAGAUCAAACGUCACUGAAAACAACCGCCGAAGUGCAAGACGAAGGUAAGAUGAUUGUGGAACUAAGAGGGAAAUGUUUCAACGCAUCGUUGGCCAUUCAAAAACAUCAACAACAAUGCCCUUGGUGUACCGCUGCCACUGAAUUGCCUUUGAUGGACCCUAAGGCGGCUGAAGCAAGUAAUUUGAACGGAACAUUAGCGAGUUGGUGGUGGCUAUCAGACGAUGAGCUGUUGGGUGCUGGUGUUUUGGUGCUUUCGCUGAUCGCAAUUAUCAGUUCAGCUUCGUUUGCAUGUCUUUUGGUUGCCUAUCUCAAACGACGUACACCGAACGGACUCAAGAAAGCCGCACAUAUCUACACGCCGUGCACUGUACCGAACUCACGAGCUCCACAAUCACCCAAAUAUGACACUAUUCGAAGGUAUGAUCUACUGUGGGAACAACGUGAUCUGGCGUCGCCAUACUGGAUGAAUUCGAAUAGUUUUGGUACAUUGUCGCCUGUUUCACCGUCCUACAAUCCCCCGCCUCCACCCUCUUCAGUCAUUGUGGGUCGUUCGAAUACCUCAAUUAUGCGACCUCUCCCACCACCUCGGAUUCCGAUUCCACCAAAUACAUUGCUAACUAACAACCGAUACGAUGAUAGCGGUCAUGAAUCGUUUUGA